AUGGUUACUAUUGUUCUAGGUGCACAGUUUGGUGAUGAGGGCAAAGGAAAAAUCACAGAUCUCCUUUCUCAAUCUGCCACACUUUGUUGUCGAGCAGCUGGUGGACACAAUGCGGGCCACACAAUCGUUCAUGAUAACAUAACCUAUGACUUCCACAUACUUCCCUCCGGCCUCAUCUCGCCCGACUGCGUCAACCUCAUCGGGAGCGGAACCGUGGUGCAUGUGCCCAGUUUCUUCAAGGAACUCGAUGCGCUAAAAGCGAAGGGACUGAAGGAAGCUGAUAAGCGAAUAUUCAUCAGUGAUCGGGCGCAUGUCUGCUUUGAUCUGCAUUCCGUUGUCGACGGGUUGGAAGAGGCAGAUUUGGCAGGGAAGAAGGUCGGGACUACGGGGAAGGGUAUUGGGCCUUGCUAUAGCGAUAAGGCAUCUAGAAGAGGCGUGCGGAUUGGGGAGGUGUUGGAAGAGGGUGUGGCGGAGGAUAAAUUGCGGAGUCUGGAGGCGGGCUAUCGAAGGCGGUUUGGAGAGUUGCAGUAUGAUCUUGAAGAUGAGGUUAAGAGGUUUAACGAAUACCGCACAAAACUCCAACCCUACGUCGUCGACCAGAUGGCCUUCCUGGAAAAAUACCGCUCUUGUCCAUCCGUCCUAGUCGAGGGUGCAAACGCCCUCAUGCUCGACAUCGAUCACGGCACCUAUCCCUACGUAACCUCCUCCUGCACAGGUCUAGGCGGCGCCAUCCAGGGCCUAACCCUCAACCCAACCUCCAUAAAAUCCAUCGUCGGCGUUGUAAAAGCGUACACUACCCGCGUAGGCUCCGGCCCCUUCCCCACCGAACAGAUCAACGACAUCGGCGAAAAGCUGCAAUCCGUCGGACGCGAAUUUGGCGUCACAACCGGCCGACGACGCCGCUGCGGCUGGCUCGAUAUGGUCAUGUGCCGCUACAGCAAUGCCAUCAACCACUACACCACCAUCAACCUCACCAAGCUGGAUAUUCUGGAUGACUUCGAUGAGAUUAAGGUUGCGGUUGCGUAUAAGCUGGACGGGAGGCGGUUGGAGUCGUUCCCUGCGCAGCUGGAGGUGCUGGAUAAGGUUGAGGUGGAAUAUGUGACUUUCCCUGGGUGGAAGUCGAAUACCAUGGGUGUUACUAGGUGGGAGGACCUGCCGGUGAAUGCGCGGCGUUAUGUCCAGUUCAUUGAGCAGGAGAUGGGCGGUGUACCUAUUAAGUGGAUUGGGACUGGCCCAGCGCGGACCCAUAUGAUUGAGCGCGAGGUAUAA